AUGUCUACUGUCUGGUCGAUGGACCCUGCGAACAAGGCCAGCUCUUCAGGCCCCAGAGCUCCUCUGCCACAUAAUACAAGUGUUUUAGAGCGUGCUGCCCUUUCCAUUCAUAGACCAGUACCUAACACUCAAUCUAGCCCUCACCCUCAUGGCUUAUCAGGAUAUGGCAGGAAGAUUGAGGCUGAAAUAGAAACAUACCGUUUAGCAGAAGGUUCACGACCAGAUCUGCGUUGGAUUACAUUACGUGAAAAAGCUGACCAAGUCAAAAGAAUAAUAAAAACCGCUUCAUCAAAAGACGUGAAGGCAGUUGGUAAAGGUGUCUUACAAGAAGUUCAUUCGGAUAUGAAAAUCUAUCAAAGUCAUAAUCAUCUUCCUGCUCACGUGACGGAUAAGAUGAUUGACAAACAUGGUCAACGUUCUAAGCCUUUUUGGAAGAAAAUAACAAGAAGUUCUUCUUCAUAA